UGCCAAACCCCUCACCAUCGCAGCCUCUAGACUUCCGGCUGGGACAUAGCCGAAAACCCGCGACACUCACAUGAAGGGAGAGAGUCAUCAAUGCCCUCUUUUCAUUCUACCUCCACAAAGGGAACGCGAUAGAGCACUUGGUCCGAUGUAGUCGCGCGGGUCGUAUAAAGGACAAUUCGAGUCACUCAUGAUUAUCACCCACCGCCUCACCAGUUUUCAAACUCCCGAUAGCUUCAAAAAGAGCCUCAAGAUGUCCUCAGCAGCGAAGACAGCCACCACUAGCACCUUUUCUAGGCGAGCACCCGUCGCUCCAUCACUUCCCACUAUCCCCACCAUCAGUUCCAUAUCAACCUUGUCGACCUUACCCAGCACUUACCGAACCAAACUACCUCCACCGUCUAGGGGACACACAAUCACUCACCCAGUGAUGCCUCCAAAACCCACCACAGAGAGAUAUAAGAGUGUCCAGGCGUCGUACCAGUCCAAGACAAAGACUGAGACGAAGAACGCUGUCCGGACCACUGAAAAGAAGAAGAGGGUGAACGCCACCCAGGCCCCACCUCAGACGCGCCCUCCACCUCCCCCUCCCUCACCCAAAAAGGAGGAGAGGUCAAAGGGUGAUCGAGCUAGGGAGCUGAGCUACCGUUAUACGUAUAGGAGGAAGCAAGUCACGAUAAGGCGCUGAAUGAGCUGCGAUGUGCUUUCUGGAUACGUUGAACAAUUGCGUUCAUGGACAUUGGUGA